CCAGCCUUUUAGAAACCAAAAAUAGUCAAUGCUUUCUAUAUUUGGCCUUUUAAGUAGAUGUUUAAUUUGGGUCCUGCAUAAUGUACCCCCUCUUUGCCAUUCUGGAUCAAUCCAGUUCGAUAUUGUUGCUCAUUGCGGUUUUUUUCUUCAACUUUGGACAAUAUCCCUGUAUCUUCGCUUAUUUGCCACGUGCGGUGAAAUUUAGUUUUUCUACGGCUGAUCCUUCAUGUAGUACCUUACCAUGAGUCCUGCCUGCUCAAAGUGGAGUCCUCCAGAGCUGAGAAUGAUCGUGGUCCUCCAGUUCAUGGCUUUCUGUCUGGCUCUGGUCUCCACCGUCUUCCUCAUUGUAGCAACAUGGACAGACUGUUGGAUGGUUAAUGCUGAUGACAGCUUAGAGGUCAGUCAGAAAUGUAGAGGCCUUUGGUGGGAGUGCGUCACAAAUGCAGAAGAUGGCAUUAGAACUUGUGACCAGUAUGAUAGCAUUUUAGCAGAACAUCCUUUGAAAAUUGUGCUGACAAGAGCACUGAUGAUCACAGCGGACAUCUUAGCCAGCUUUGCCCUCAUCAUCCUGAUCUUCGGUUUGGAGUUUGUAAAGUUUCUCAAAGAAGAGCCCCAUAUUAAAUUGAGAAUGUGUUACAUGGCCGGAUUCAUAUUUGGGGUAGGAGGAAUCCCAGGAAUGAUUGGCUCCGUGUGGUAUGCAGUGGAUGUGUACGUGGAGAGGGCAACUCUUGUCCUGCAGAACGUCUUUUUAGGUAUCCACUAUGAAUUUGGCUGGUCCUGCUGGCUGGGGAUGGCAGGAUCAACAGGCUGCUUUCUAGCUUCAAUUGUGCUCACUUGUUGUCUUUAUAUAUUCAGAGAUGCCAGAUCAUCUCGAUAUCACAGGUCAAUAUACCAAUAUGGAAGGACAGCUGCUGGCAAGAUAUAUGCCAUGGAUUCCAGAGUGUAGUGAGAAUGGUGGCCUGUAAAUAAGACAGGUGAAGCUGAAUUUGGUUGCUUAGUGUGAGAGUCAGGACACUGGUGAAGCAGCUCAACCAUUGAAAUGUACAGAAAAAAUAUAGACAGUAUAUUUAGGGCCGCUGUGAAAUGUGUAUAAAUACAGUAAAUAAGAAACUGCCAAAAUGUCAGAACUUCUCCUGAUGUUUGUAUAACAAGAUACAUGGGUUUUUAAGCUUCUGCUGUGAAAAAAGAUCAUUGUAGAUACUUUUAAAUUAAUUUCUAAUAUCAAACCGAGGAACAUCUGAAUGUAUUUAAGGCUGAAAAUUGAAUAAAAACUGAAGAAAAAGGAGAUUCCUUGGCCAGCUGCUGGGAUUACCUCCAGCUAGGACACGCCAUGUAGGGGAGGGUUCUGCUUCUGGAACCAGGAAAAGUCAUGAAGAUGGAAUCUUCUCUUAUGGAAUGGGCAUGAUGCUCAAAGGAAGAAAUGGGAAAAUUACUCAAGCAGCUGCCCCAUGCGACUAUUUUAAGAGGGUGUUAAUGC